AUGUUAAUUUCAUUGCAGUGUAUACAUCGCGACCUGGCGGCAAGGAACAUUCUACUGUCACGAGAUUGUGUGUGCAAACUUGCAGAUUUCGGUUUGGCCCGUGACGUCAUAAAUGGAGGGGUAUACCAAAGGAAAUCACAAGGUCGAGUGCCAAUUCGCUGGAUGGCGUUAGAAUCCCUUAUUGAUAAUGUUUACACAAUCCAAAGUGACGUUUGGUCAUUUGGGGUGUUGUUAUGGGAAAUUAUAACUAUAGGCUCGUACCCAUAUCCAGGCAUGUCGUCAAAACGUUUGAUAUCAGAUCUUCAAAAAGGCUUUCGAAUGCCAAAGCCAGACCACGCAAACGAUGACGU